AUGAUGCCAAUUAAUUAAGGAGCAAAAAAUAUCCAAGAAGCUAACCUAAGAUCCCACCAAUCAAAAAAUCGUCAGUUACAUAAAUCACUUCCCCACUCUCUAGUUCUAGCUAAUGGAUCAUCUGCCAAUACUAAUGGCUACAAAUUCAAUCCCAGCUAGAUUCUCUAAAGUGAUUCUUCCUCAGGGUCUGGAAUUCAAGACUUUCAAAAAUGUCCCUUUUCCAACUCAAUGCAAUGCAUUGAAUAAAAUUUCUAAUCAUAAUCAAACAAUACCUCGUCGAUCUGCCAAUUUCAAACCUUCUAUUUGGCAUUAUGAUUUCAUCCAGUCUUUGAACAGUAAAUAUAAGCAAGGGACAUACACAGAGCAAAGCCAAGCGCUGAGGGAAGAAGUAAGAAUGAUGCUUUGCAAAGUAGAAAAUCAUGUUUAUCAACUUGAUCUUAUUGAUGUGCUGCAAAGGCUUGGGGUGGCUUAUCAUUUCAAGAAUGAAAUAAGGGACUUGUUAGAUAAUAUAUAUGACAUGGUUGACUCCAAGAAGAAGAAGGAUUUACAUGCCACGGCUUUGGAGUUUAGGCUCUUAAGGCAACAUGGUUAUGAUAUAUCAUCAGAUGUUUUUUUUAACUUUCUAGAUGAAAGAGAUCAUUUUAAGAUAUCCCAAUCAGUUGAUAUGGAAGGAAUAUUGUCACUAUAUGAAGCCUCAUUUUAUUCAUUGGAGGGUGAAACUAUAUUGGAUGAAGCAAGAAAUUUCUCUUCAAAAAUUCUUGAAAAAUAUUCAUUCAGAAAUAAGAGGGAAGGGAACUACUUAUCACUCCUAAUUGAUCAUUCUUUGGAGAUUCCAUUGCAUUGGAGGGCACCAAGAUGGGAGACAGAAUGGUUCAUUCAUGCUUAUGAAACAAGAAGAACAAUGAAUCCCUCUUUACUUGAAUUUGCUAAAUUGGAUUUCAACAUUCUUCAAACCAUCCACCAAGAUGAACUCAAGAAUGCAUCAAGAUGGUGGAGAAAAAUUGGCCUUCCAGAACAGUUGAACUUUGCAAGGGAUAGAUUGGUAGAGAGCUACUUUUGGGGUAUGGGAAUGAGCUUUGAGCCAGAUCUUGAGUUUUCUAGAACAACUCUAGCAAAGGUCACUUCCUUAGCAACCAUAAUUGAUGAUCUUUAUGAUGUUUAUGGAACUCUAGAAGAAUUAAAGCUUUUCACGGAAGCAAUUGACAGAUGGGAUCUAAAUACCAUUGAUAACCUUCCGGACUACCUGAAAAUAUGCUUCUAUGCUAUCCAUGAUUUCGUCGAUGAAUUAGCUUUUGAGUUCUUGAAAAUUAACGGCAACAAUAUCACUCCAUAUCUAAAGAAAGUGUGGUCAGAUCUUUGUAAAGCAUACUUUACCGAGGCAAAAUGGUAUUACAGUGGAUAUAAGCCAAGUCUUGAAGAGUACGUUGAAAAUGCAUGGAUAUCCAUUGCCAUUCCUCUUAUGCUUACUCAUUCUUAUUUUGCAAUUCCAUAUUCAUUCCAAAAAAAUGAAUUGGGUUACUUAGAAGAAUAUUGUGACAUAAUUCGAUUUUCGGCAACAAUUACACGUCUCAUUAAUGACCUUAGAACACAUAAGCGGGAGAGUGAAUUUGGUGAUGUUCCAAAAUCGAUUCAAUGCUACAUGAAUGAAAAUGAAGCUUCUGAGACUAAUGCUCAAGAGCAUAUCAAAUCAAUGUUAAACACAACAUGGAAGAAGAUGAAUAAGGAAGCUCAUAAUUCUUCUUUGCCUCCAAUGUUUAUUGAAAUUGCAGUAAACCUUGCAAGAAUGUCAAUGUGCAUGUAUCAUGAUAGAGAUGGUCAUACCAUUCAAGAUCCUCAAAUCAAGAAUCGUAUAUCAUCCUUAAUCUUUCAUCCAUUACUGAUACAAAGAUCAGAGGUGUUAUGAAUUAAUUAAUUACAAAUAACCAUAAGAUAAUGUACCUUAUUAUUGAAGGACUUGAACUCUCUUUGGAAUUAUUAGGAAGUUUUCGUUGUCGAAAAAAUUAUAAGAUGUCAAUAAUUUAAAUUUAUUGUAAUUUU